AGUCAGCAGUGCUCGAGGGCCCCUGGCGCCAGAAUCCGGCGCGAGCGAGAGGCCCCGAUCGGGGGUCCCCCCGCCGCGGCGGUCCCGCGAUGGGCGCGGUGGCCCGCGCGGGGCGAGCGCUGCUGCUCCUGGGCUCUGCCGCGCUCGUGCCCACCGAGGGCGAGAGGCCCUCCGACGACGACGUCGCCCUGCUCGUGACGCCGCACGGCGCGCUGCACCGGGUCGAGCACCAGAGAGUGCGGCAGAGGGCGUUCGCCGAGUUCGUCGCCAAGCACGGCCUCGCCUACCACGAGGGCCACCCAGAGCACGGCAUGCGGAGAUCAUUGUUCGAGGCCUGGACCCAGAUGGUGGAACAGCACAAUGCGCGAACUGACGCGAAUUGGCGCGCUGGGGUCAACCGGUUCGCCGCCCACACGGCAGAGGAGUUGGCGCAGCUCCGGGGCUACGUGCGGGGCAGCGAGCGCACGGAGGGAACGGUGUCCAUGCCAGGAGCGGGGCGCCUGUCGAUGCUCCAGGUGCCGUCCAGACCUUCACGGGUCGAGGACCUCCCGGCGGCCUUCGGCUGGAAGGGCAAGCUCAACGCGACCUCGUCCGUCCUAGAUCAGAAGGGGUGCGGGAGUUGUUGGGCUGUAUCAUCGGUCACAGCUCUGCGAGCUCAUUCGGAGCUCUUCCAGCGCUACCGCCAGUUUUCGAUCCAGCAGGUGUUGUCGUGCGCGCCGAACCCGCACAAGUGCGGCGGCUCAGGCGGGUGCGGUGGCGCCACCGCGGAGAUCGCCAUGGACUACGCCGCGAAGGUUGGGCUGCUGACCGAGGAUGAGCUCCCCUACCGCGGAGAGGACGGCGAGUGCCCCAGCGAGGUCAGGAUGCCGGAGAAGGAUGCGCUCGACGUCGACUUGGCGGGCACGGGUGCCAGCUUGGUCGGCUACAGCGCGGGCGCCAAGCCAGGCAUGGACACCAAGUCGGGCCUCUUGGGCUUCCACAAGCUGGCCAGCAACAAGAUUGCUGAUCUGAUGCUGUCGAUCCACAACGUAGGGCCUGCUGUGGUCUCGAUCAUGGCUGACGGUGGGUGGAGUCUGUACGAGAGCGGCGUCUAUGACGGUUGCGUUGCUGGAGGUGUCAUCAACCAUGCCGUGACGUUAAUAGGAUGGGGUAAGGACAAGAAGUCGGGCUUGAAGUAUUGGCACUUGCAGAACUCGUGGAGCAGUGGAUGGGGCGAAGAUGGUUUCAUCCGCAUUGCCCGUCAAGAGCUGGACGAAGAGGAGGCCAAUUGCGGCUGGGACACGGAUCCUUUGCAAGGAAGCGGUUGCGAAGGAGGGCCCUCAAAAGUCUUGACUUGCGGAUCCUGCGGCAUCCUCUUCGACGCGGUCGUGCCGCGCUUCAGCGAGAGCGAGCACGGCUGGUGGGCGCAGCACAGCGGCGCGGCAGACUGAGCUCGCGCCCGCCGCACGGGGGGGCAAUGGCGAGCAGCAGGAGGAGGAGGCAGCAGGAGGAUUCCGCGAAGGAGGAAGAGUAGAAGCAAACCAUUCACAGCGUUCAGGCUGUCCUUGUCUCUCGGGCGCGGGGAGCUUCUGCGACCUGCCUCGCGCAAGAGCGCGGGGGCGCGGCUUCGGCACUAGCGGCUUGCCUUCCGCGACGAGAGAAACAUCUCCAAGUUCCUUGAUACGAUUUGCACGUGCGUGUCCAGGUCAGUGCACGGGGAUCGGAU